AUGACCCUCCUAACACCUCUCGUACGCUCCUCAAUGUUCGCCCCUGGCGUUCCAGACAUCAUGCGCGAAUUCGAAACCUCCAACCGCAACAUCGCCACCUUCGUCGUCUCCGUCUACGUCCUCGGCUUCGCAUUCGGUCUUCUCCUUGCCGCGCCGCUCAGCGAAAUCUACGGCCGCGCUAUCGUCUUCAACAUCGCCAACGUCCUCUUCCUUGUAAUGACCGUCGCUACGGCGCUGAGCUAA